CCCGUAGUCGACCCACCUCCUUCAACGCUCAAACUCUCAUCGCCUCUCUUCGCCGGUCACAGCCAGCGACGGCCUCCUCCGUCGUGGAGCCGGCCAGCGCCCUAUCUCCGUUGUCCUCCGCGUCGACCAGAAGCAUCCUCGCCCGCCUCUGCAUUUUUUUAGGCAUUAUGGAAGAGCCUGUGGAAGAAAGCAAUGAUAGUUUGGAGCGAUCAAAAGAAGACUUGAAACCUAAAUUUUUUAUGGAGUUUGAUUCUGAGAUUGCUGCAUAUGACUUUUAUAACGAAUAUGCACGUAAUGAAGGCUUUAGCAUUAGAAGAGAAGCUUAUGCUGCAGAUAAACAAGGUGUACUCACUUCAAGAACGUUUGUUUGUUGUAAGGAAGGUUUGCGGAAGGCGGAUAAGAGAGACGAUUUGACGAGAAAUCCAAGAGGAGAGACAAGGACUAAUUGUGGAGCGAUUAUGGGGAUUAAGUUGGUCAGGCGUACUGGUAAGUAUUCUGUUUAUCGUUUCUCUGAAGAGCAUAACCAUCCUCUUAUCAGCCAAGAAUCUGUCCAUUUUAUGCGAUCUCAUCGAAACAUCACAUCAUCAGAUGAAGCCUUUUUAGACUUGACAGCAAAUUCAGGUCUUUCACCGAAGUCUGCAUUUGAAUUAUUAGGUCAGCAAGCAGGUGGUAGAGAGUCAUUGGGAUUUACAAAGGUAGACCAAAAGAAUUACCUUCGAACUGUCCGACAGAAAAAAAUGAAAUUUGGAGAGGCUGGUUAUCUGAUAGAAUAUUUUUCAAAGCAAAUGUUGGAAAAUCCUUCAUUCUUCUAUGAGAUGCAGUUGGACACUGAGGAACAGAUUACUAACGUUUUUUGGGCUGAUGCUAAAAUGAUAAUGGAUUAUGGUAUAUUUGGUGAUGUGGUAAGUUUUGAUACAACUUACAAAAUUAAUGAAGCAAAUCGACCAUUUGCAGUGUUUGUUGGAUUAAAUCAUCAUAGAGAGACUAUUAUUUUUGGAGCUGCCUUAAUGUAUGACGAGACCGCAUCAUCUUUUAUAUGGUUGUUUGAAACCUUUUUAAAGGCAAUGUGUGGGAAGCCUCCACAAACCUUUUUCACUGAUCAAGAUGCAGCGAUAGCCAAGGCUGUAUUACAUGUGAUGCCAGGUACUUACCAUCGACUUUGUAUAUGGCAUUUGAUGCAAAAUGCUGUCAAGAAAGUUGGCUUCUUAUUUCGAGACCACAAUGAAGAAAAUGAAGGCAAUGUGUUCAACAAAUUUCUUUAUCAAAUUGAGGAAGAGGAUGAGUUCUUGAGUGCUUGGCAGUCCAUGCUUGAUGAGUACGAUGCACAUGAUGAUACUUGGUUGGCUGCAACAUUUGAAAUAAGAAAAAAAUGGAUACCUACAAUUGCCUGA